AGAUCCCCGGUUUAAAGUGGCAUUCUGCUCCAAUGUUUCUCCUCACAACAAUGACAUGAUCCUCGGUAUCUUUGAUCAUGCGUCGGCUUUCCAUAAUCGCCAUGCCGGCCACUUAGCGGGCACAAUCAAUGUCUUCUCAAUGUGGUUUCCUCACAACUCAUCACCCAGGGGCGAGUGGUAGGGGCAACUUCGCAUACCAGUGUACUGCAACACUCAGGCCAUCAUGACAAGUUCAAAUGGUGAACCAGAAGUCCUCUGGCGCCCUCCGCCGGGAGAGAAAACCCCCAUGGACAAAUACCGUCGGCAUGUCAAUCAGCGGUUUCACCACAGUCUACGCAACACGAUGGAACUCGCGGACUUCUCAUUCAACCAGCCCCAUGACUUCUGGAUAGAUCUCUAUGGAUACCUAAACCUGGUACCUCCGCUGCCGCCCACCACCAAAAAGGCAUAUGACGACACAGUCCCGAUGAGCCAGAAUCCACCAUUUUUUCCAGGCCUAGAACUGAACUAUGCUGAGAAUGUGCUAUUCGCGAACCCGGAUCCUGAAGCCGUAGCCCUGAUAGGCAUACGAGAAGACCAGGACAUCUACAAAGACGAACCCGAAAUCAUCACGUGGCGAGAGUUUCGCGAAAAAGUGCGCAAAACCGCCAGCGCUCUCAAACGUUGUGGCAUCAAACAGGGUGAUCGUGUGGGCGCUCUAGUCGCGGCAUCGACUUGGGCCAUUGUUCUCUUCCACGCUGCCGCGUCCAUCGGCGCCAUCUUUACAUCCAUCAGCCCUGAGCUCGGAGUGGAAGGGUGCGUCGCCAGGCUGCAACAAGUCAACCCGAGCAUCCUUUUCGUCGACAGCCAUGUAGUGUACAAAGGGAAGACAGUAUCCACUGACCAGAAGGUGGACGAAAUCCUGCACAGAAUGACUUCUCGACCUCAGACAUAUAUCAUUCCCGUGGCAGCCACGAACUCCAGGCUGGCCAGCGUAGACGACUUCCUCAGCAAAUCCAGCUCUUCCGACGAACUCACAUUUACAAGAGUAUCGUUCAACCAUCCUCUCAUGAUCUGCUACUCUUCGGGGACGACGGGAGCGCCCAAGUGUAUCGUCCAUCGACACGGCCUGAUCCUCCAGCUGAAGAAAAUCUCUGUCCUGCACAACGGUCUGGCUCCAGGAGACGUGAUAAUGCAGUACUCAAGCACAUCCUGGGUAGUAUUCUACGUCAUGUGCGGGCACUUAUCAGCCGGCGCGACGGUCGUCGUCUACAACGGCAGCCCCUUAUUUCCUGACGCAAAGCAACUCCUCCGCAUAUGCGACAAACACCGGGUGACUUUCCUUGGUGCCUCGCCACGAUUGCUGCUCGAGGUAGAGAUGUCAGGUACCAUACCAAAGCAGGAAUUCGACCUCUCACCGUUACGUAUGGUCUACACUACCGGCGCCCCAACGACAAUUGAACAGUAUCGAUGGUUCUAUCGAUCAUUCCCACCUUCUGUCCAGAUUUGCAACACAGCGGGCGGCACCGACACAGCCACGUCCAUCCUCGCACUGGAUCCUUCCGGACCGGUAUACGCAGGUGAAAUGCAGGUGGCGGCAUUGGGAAUGGCCGUUGAUAUCUUAGAUCCAAACACCGGCGAGUCAAUGUCACAGACAGGCGAGGCCGGAGAGAUGGUCAUCACGAAACCCUUCCCAAGUAUGCCGUGCUUCUUCUGGGGGGACAAAGACAACAAGAUCUACAAAGCCGCAUACUUUGAACGCUUCACCAACGUAGACGUCUGGGCACAACACGACUGGUUGAGCAGGAAUCCCAAAACAGGUGGAUAUACCAUGCACGGCCGAAGUGAUGGCGUUUUGAAUCCGUCUGGCAUCCGCUUUGGCAGCGGCGAAAUCUACGCCAUUGUCGAAACCCAACCAUUCACCGAGUACAUCAGCAACAGUCUGUGCGUCGGCCGUCGAAGACCCAAAGAUCCUGACGAGCAAGUCUUCUUGUUCCUCGUCAUGAAAGCUGGUAUUAACCUGACCCAACAACUUCGCACGCAAAUCAAGACGGCCAUCCGCAACGCCCUGUCACCACGGCACGUGCCUAAAUUCGUCCUCUCAGUUCCGGACAUCCCAGUCACCAUCAACGGCAAGAAGGUUGAGAUCGCCGUGAAACAAGUCCUAAGUGGCAAAGACGUCAAGGCUAGUGCCACAGUGCAAAACCCCGACACGAUAGACUUCAUGAAGCGCUUCCGGGACCUCGAGUCCGAGCCCAAGGACACGAAACUAUAGAUGGUCCAUAUAGAAAUAUACUUCUGGGGCACAUUCUCUCGCCCCCACAAGAUAUCGAGAUGAUGUCCUUGCAGUUCAACAAAAGAUCAUGGCUGUGCCAUUACAACUUCGCUCUCUCCCUUCCCACCUCCUUCUUCGCCCUCUCCCUCAACUCUCUCCGCAAUAUCUUCCCCGAAGCAUUCUUCGGAAUCUCAUCAAUAAACACCAAACCCCCUCUAAGCUGCUUAUACGGCGCCACCCCUGCUUUGACAAACCCUUUCACCUCCUCAACAGACACUCUAGCCGUACCGACCACCGUCACAUAAGCCCUGGGCAACUCCGAAC